AUGCUUUACUUGAUUGGCCUUGGUCUCUCGUACAAGUCGGAUAUCACGGUGCGUGGGCUGGAAGCCGUGAAGCAAUGUUCGCGGGUAUACCUGGAGCACUAUACCAGCAUCCUGAUGGCAGCUUCGCAGGAGGAAUUGGAACAGUUCUACGGUAAGACAGUAAUUUUGGCGGACAGAGAGCUAGUUGAAAGUGGUUCCGAUGAGAUUUUGCGCGAUGCCGACAGAGAGGACGUUGCGUUCCUGGUGGUGGGAGAUCCGUUUGGAGCUACGACACAUACUGACCUGGUGCUGAGGGCCAAGAAGGCGGGAAUCGCGGUGGAGACCAUUCAUAACGCCUCUGUGAUGAACGCAGUCGGAGCCUGCGGCUUGCAGCUGUAUAACUUUGGUCAAACGAUCUCGAUGGUGUUCUUCACCGACAGUUGGAAACCCGACUCCUGGUACGACAAGAUUUGGGAGAACAGGAAGAUAGGCUUGCACACGCUGGUACUGCUGGACAUCAAAGUGAAAGAGCAGAGCAUCGAAAACAUGGCUCGCGGGAGACUCAUCUACGAGCCACCGCGUUACAUGUCUAUAUCGCAAUGCUGUGAGCAGCUCUUGGAGAUCGAGGAGAAGAGACACGAUCAGGCUUACACCCCCGAUACUCCUGCCGUGGCAAUCAGCAGGCUAGGGUCUGCUUCCCAGACUUUCAAGUCCGGCACGAUACGGGAGCUUGCCGAGUACGACUGCGGCGAGCCAUUACAUUCUCUCGUGAUCCUCGGAAGACAAUGCCAUGAGCUUGAAUUGGAGUAUCUCCUCGAGUUCGCCGAGGACAGAGAGAAGUUCCGGACAGACGUCUCGAAGGACCAGCAGUUUUUCAAGCCGGCGCCAUGGGUGCCGCCCCAGCAAGACGCUGACGAGGAUUGA